AUGUCGGGCCAUCGAAUUCACCAGUACCUCUCUAUGUUACACGUUCAACGUUUCAACAGUCCCAACUUCCAGUACAACUGGACUCACCCAUUACAUUUGUCAAAUCAGGACGAUGCACCUGGACUCUUUAUAAUGACCGUCAAAUGGUUGGAGGAACUUCUGUCAACGUGUUGUCAUUAUCUGAGUGCCAAGCAAAGUGUUCCAGUACCCCAGAAUGUAAAGCCAUUGAAUGGAUUCCUGCUAAUACUGCUGGAGCACAAUGUUAUACGUUCACAUCUUCAGAUACGCCGACCAAUGUUGUUUCUGGAGUUGCUCACUAUGUUUGCUCAGGGGCUUCUCUUUACUGAUACGAUUUGCGAUAUUCCGUCACACGUACCUGACUUCUUUAUAAUAACAUGCAAUUGUUCUGCCGGAAUCUUCAGCCCACAGCAAGUGGCUGUUGAGUGA